AUGGAGGCACCUCUGCAGACAGAGAUGGUGGAGCUGGUGCCCAACGGCAAGCACUUGGAGGGGCUCCUCCCAGUUACUACUCCCACAGCUGGUGGCCAGAGGGUCGAGGGGCCCGGACGGAGCUGUGUUGAGGGCGAAGGCUUCCUACCAAAAAGCCCCAGCAAGGAGCCACACUUCACCGACUUCGAGGGGAAGACAUCGUUCGGGAUGUCAGUGUUCAACCUCAGCAAUGCCAUCAUGGGCAGUGGCAUCCUGGGGCUCGCCUAUGCCAUGGCCAACACGGGCAUCAUCCUUUUCCUGUUCCUGUUGACGGCCGUCGCCUUGCUGUCCAGCUACUCCAUUCAUCUGCUACUCAAGUCCUCAGGGAUCGUGGGCAUCCGUGCCUAUGAGCAGCUGGGCUACCGUGCCUUUGGGACCCCAGGAAAGCUGGCAGCUGCCCUGGCCAUCACGCUGCAGAACAUCGGAGCCAUGUCCAGCUACCUGUACAUCAUCAAGUCCGAGCUGCCCCUUGUCAUACAGACCUUCCUGAACCUGGAGGAUCGGACCUCGGACUGGUACAUGAAUGGAAACUAUCUGGUGAUCCUGGUCUCUGUCGUGGUCAUUCUUCCCCUAGCCCUGAUGCGGCAGCUCGGCUACCUGGGCUACUCCAGCGGCUUCUCCCUUAGCUGCAUGAUGUUCUUCCUAAUUGCAGUCAUCUACAAAAAGUUCCACGUGCCCUGCCCGCUGUCCCCCAAUGUGGGCAACACGACAAGCAACAUCAGCCUCGUGGAGAUCGACAAAGAGGCAGGGCUGCAGGCCAAGACGGAGGCCGGGGCGUUCUGCACCCCGAGUUACUUCAUGCUCAACACUCAGACGGCAUACACCAUCCCCAUCAUGGCUUUCGCCUUUGUCUGCCACCCUGAGGUGCUGCCCAUCUACACGGAGCUCAAGGACCCCUCCAAGAGGAAGAUGCAACGGAUCUCCAACCUCUCCAUCGCCGUCAUGUAUGUCAUGUACUUCCUGGCUGCCCUCUUCGGCUACCUCACCUUCUACGACGGGGUAGAGUCGGAGCUGCUGCACACCUACAACAAGGUGGACCCGUUUGAUGUGCUGAUCCUGUGCGUGCGCGUGGCUGUGCUGACGGCAGUCACACUCACAGUGCCCAUCGUUCUGUUUCCGGUACGCCGCGCCCUCCAGCAGAUGCUGUUUCCUGACCGCGAGUUCAGCUGGCUGCGGCACGUGCUCAUUGCGGUUGGCCUGCUCACGUGUAUCAACCUGCUGGUCAUCUUUGCCCCCAACAUCCUGGGCAUCUUCGGGGUCAUUGGUGCCACAUCUGCCCCAUGCCUCAUCUUCAUCUUCCCGGCCAUUUUCUACUUUCGCAUCAUACCCACCGAGAAGGAACCUGCAAGGUCUACCCCCAAAAUCCUGGCCCUUUGUUUUGCUGCACUUGGCAUCUUGCUGAUGACCAUGAGCCUGAGCUUCAUCAUCAUGGACUGGGUCUCGGGCACCAGUCGGCACGGGGGAAGCCACUAG